CAAAUAAGAGGACCCAGAUUUGCAAAUUUUCCGGGGAGGGACUAAUUUCUGACGGCGAGACAAAGACAGGGACCUAUUAGAUGAUUAACCCUAAAAUAAAAGACACACAGCAAGCUUUCAUUCUUUUUUUUCCUCUCUUCUAUGCAUUGAUUCGUGUGAGUGGAAGAAGCAAGCUUUUUCCACUAUUUUGCCCCAGGUGCAUUCCCCCUUCAAGGGUUAACAUUCAACAAAAGCUUCCAACUUUGUUCAACAAACCCAGAAAAAAACAACCCCACCCCAUUGAUUCUGUGCCACUAGGUGGUGAAAAAGCUUGAAUCUUUGGGGAAGUUGAAACCUGAAAACCCCACCACACCACACCCCAUUGAUUCUAUUCCACUGGGUGGUGACAAAGCUUGAAACUUUGGGGUGUUGGAAGCAGAAAACUUGAAGAAGAUGAAGAGGGGUAUCAAGCUAGACCCAUUUGGGCUACCCAACAGGCUCACACUGGUUCAAAUUUUCAUGGUGGUGAUGCUUCUCUACAUGCUCUUCAUGACCUUUGAAAUCCCUCUUGCUUUCAGAGCUGGAUUAGCCUCUGAGAACAGUGCUUUGGGGCUUCUCACUGAUGCAUUGCCAGUGACAGUGCCACUGUUGCUAGAAGAGAACCACCAAAUUGAAGCUUCUGUGGUUUCCACCUUGAGCUUCAAUGGAACCUUCUCAGGGGACUCUGAACUUCACAAGGUGGCUAGUCACGCAUGGCUUGCAGGGAAGAAGCUUUGGAGUGAGGUGGAGAGUGGGAAGGUUGAGAUGUUUUCUUCCAAGUUGAAGUCUGAGAAUGGUUCUGAUUCGUGUCUGAAUUCUGUUACGCUUUCUGGGUUUGAGUUUCGUGAGAAGUUCAAAGGGGUGAUGGUGUUGCCUUGUGGGUUGACCCUUUGGUCUCAUGUGACUGUUGUGGGGACUCCGCGGUGGGCUCAUGCGGAGCGUGAUCCUAAGAUAGCGGUGGUGAGGGAUGGAGAUGAAGCGGUGAUGGUGUCGCAGUUCAUGUUGGAGUUGCAGGGGUUGAAGGCUGUGGAUAAGGAGGAGCCGCCAAGGAUACUGCAUUUUAAUCCGAGGUUGAAAGGGGAUUGGAGUGGGAAGCCUGUGAUUGAGCAAAACACUUGCUAUAGGAUGCAGUGGGGUUCUGCUCUUAGGUGUGAUGGGUGGAAGUCUCGUGCGGAUGAGGAAACUGUUGAUGGGCAGGUUAAAUGUGAAAAGUGGAUUCGAGACGAUGAUAAUCAUUCUGAAGAGUGGAAGGCAACAUGGUGGUUGAACAGACUGAUUGGGCGAAAAAAGAAGGUGACUGUGGACUGGCCAUAUCCUUUUGCAGAGGGGAAAUUGUUUGUUCUGACCAUAAGUGCUGGCUUAGAAGGCUACCAUGUUAGUGUGGAUGGGAGGCAUGUGACAUCCUUUCCCUAUCGCACCGGCUUUACUCUUGAGGAUGCUACUGGACUGUCCAUAAAUGGGGAUGUUGAUGUGCACUCCAUAUUCGCUGCUUCCUUACCUUCUUCACAUCCUAGCUUCGCUCCGCAGAUGCAUCUUGAAUUGCUUCCUCAGUGGAAAGCUCCUCCUCUUCUCAAUGUGAAUGUGGAGCUUUUCAUUGGCAUCCUUUCUGCUGGAAACCAUUUUGCUGAAAGGAUGGCAGUGAGGAAGUCCUGGAUGCAACAUAAGCUAAUCAAAUCUUCAAAUGUUGUGGCUCGGUUUUUUGUUGCCUUGCAUGGAAGGAAGGAUAUGAAUGUGGAUAUAAAGAAAGAAGCAGAGUAUUUUGGUGAUAUUAUUAUGGUCCCUUACAUGGAUCAUUAUGACCUUGUUGUGUUGAAAACUAUAGCUAUCUGUGAAUACGGGAUUCGAGCAGUUGCUGCUAAGUAUAUUAUGAAGUGUGAUGAUGACACAUUUGUCAGAGUGGAUUCUAUCAUAAGCGAAGCAAGACAAGUUCAAAGUGAUAAAAGUCUUUACAUGGGAAAUAUGAAUUACCACCAUAGGCCUCUUCGACAUGGAAAAUGGGCUGUAACUUAUGAGGAAUGGGUAGAGGAAGAGUAUCCUACCUAUGCUAAUGGUCCAGGUUAUAUAGUCUCAUCUGAUAUUGCUCAGUUCAUUGUAUCUGAAUUUGAGAAGCGCAGAUUAAAAUUAUUUAAAAUGGAGGAUGUGAGCAUGGGAAUGUGGGUGGAGCAGUUCAACAUGUCAAGACAAGUAGAGUAUGUGCACAGCUUGAAGUUCUGCCAAUUUGGGUGCAUUGAAGAUUACUACACCGCUCAUUACCAAUCUCCGCGACAGAUGACCUGCAUGUGGGAUAAAUUGCAACAUCAAGUGAGACCACUAUGUUGCAACAUGAGAUGACAAAAGAGGUUGUAAGUAAAAAAAGAUCGAAGCACAGCUAGGCUAGGCAAGUUCUAUGGUCAUAAUAUAUCUCUGUAAAUACGCCCUUUCUUUGAAGGGUUUGUUUUGGGGGGUUACUUUGGUAUCAUGAAGACUGUUGUGCCUAUUGGUUUGUUGUUUUGCCCCACUUUUUGAUCCAUCCCCCCAGGUAUAUCACAUGUAGAGUUAUAGUUGGGAAAUGCAGAAACAACAAUUGGUGAAGGAACAAAUCAAUGGUUUGUAAAUUUUGUAACAUCAUAGGAGCAAAAUGGCGCACAGGCGCAGAAGCAGAAUAAGUUUUUUCUGCAUUAACUUCAUUUCCCUAUGUUCCUUCACGCAUGAGUUGUUGCUGCAGAAAGAAGAGGGGUAUCAAGUGUCCUAUGAACACUGCUAUUUUGGAAGGCCAAAGCAUGAUGGUAUCAGUACUCGAAAAACUUUAGUCCCGAA